GGUAUGUACUUCAUUAUUUUAUAUACUACAACAUCAUUUGAUGAUACUCAAAUUGUUAUUACGCUUUAUUUCGAAUUAUUAGAAAGUAUGUACUUCAUUGUUUUUUGUCAUGUAUUAGAAUAUCUAUUUGAUGAUACUCAAAUUGUUAUUACACUUUAUUUCGAAUUAUUAGAGG